CUCUGUUAACAGUAACUACUCUCCGCAUAAUUUGUUUUUCGUUCGCUCUCUCAGCGAGUCAGCGAUAUUUUAAAAUCAAGAAAGAACAAAAAUGGAUUCCGAAAAUAAGAUUGCAGAAACCAUGCGCUCCAUUGAAAAUAUAUUGCGACUCUUCUAUGAAGACCAAAACUCAAGAAAUUCUCCAACAUUAGAUGAGGAUAAACUUGGGUUUAAAAGGGUGAUAAACAAUAUCGCCGAGCAUGCUGUUCAGUCCCAACUAAAGACGUUUGAGGAGAAAUAUUUUAAAUCUCCUCCUAAAAUGUGUCCGAAUUGUGGCAAAAUGAAGAAAGCUGGAAGGAAGAUGGUUAUUGCAGUAGAUGCAGCACGAAGGUUUGCGUAUUUUGGAAAGCAUCCUCAACAACCUUCGUCAGUUCGAUUGGUUUCUGACUCUGUCAAGGAUGACCAUUCCGGCAAUCAACAGAAGAGUGCAGCCACUGUUCCAAGAUAUCAAUCUGGUCAGGAAACAGUGUAUGCACUUGAAAGACAAUCAAAGUGGGAGGAUAUUCCAUAUGCACAGGAGCAAAGAUUGAGUCCAAGAAUUACGAAGAAAAAUGAGACUCGGCAGAGAAUAUCUUCCCCAAAGAAGAAGAAAGUUAGUCCAUCUCGACAGAGAUACAGUAAUUCUUCAUACGAUGUCAUACUGGCUCCAACAUUGAUGCGAUUCGAGCCAGAUAUAGUAGAAUCAUAUUCAGAUUCCUCGAGUUGCUCUGAAAGUAGAAGCCGAUCAAGGUCUACUUCACCUGCGAGGUCUGCAACUUCCUCAACUGGUUCGAAUUCUCCUAGUAGAUAUCAAAGAACAUCGUCGUGGGAGUCAACAUAUUCGACAUAUUCUGCUUCGUCAUCUGGUUCCGCUGCUCCAAAUACAAGCUACAACGAGUAUUCUAGUGGCAACGGGAGGGAACCACAUCCACGAGGCAGAACACUGGAUCACCGUCGCCGUUCGCCAGAUUAUUCAUGUAGUUCCAGUAGGUCCACUUCACAUAGUAGAUCACCAGAUGAGGUCUACUCACAUAGGAGGAAUCGUGGUUCCAACGUUCAUCCAUCGAAUCAUUCCACUGACAAGGUGGGAUGGUUUAGACGAAUAAGGAACAAGCUUGGUGACCACCACCAUCACCCCAGCCGUCAUAAUACUGGUGUUAAAUCAUCCAAGGAGGAUGAAACUGUCCACACUCAUCAUCGUUCCGUUGCAAAUCCUGUAAGUAACGGUAAACUCCACUGCCAAAGCGAUGACCAGAUGGUGAGAAAGAACAACAGAAGACAGGUCAAGAACGAGCCCAAACAACAUGGACAUGUCAGAAAGUUCUUUGGAGGUGUAGUUGGUCACUUCCUGGGCUCGAAUAAAUCUAAGCCGUCAACAGCUGGUAAAAGACGGUUAGAAAGAACAGUAACAGGUAAGGGAAAUGUUGUUCGCAAGAAACUGCAUUGGUGGCAGAAAAUUCAUAGACGAGGGUCAUCUAAUGUUGGAAAAUCACGCGCCAAACUUGGAAUGAAGACCAAGUAUCCCAAGUCCAAGGGAUAUAAACAUAACACUAAGAUGAAGAAACUUCUGUUUAAGUUUCAGCCUGGGUGUCUUUAGUGAGUUGAUGUAUUUACUUGGUGUUUUGUUAAACAGAGAGUAAACCUGAAUCCUUUAAGCAAGUGGUUGGACUGGUCGUAUAUGAUUCUCAAGUUCCAAUCGGCGCUACUCCAGAAUACAUGGCUGGUUACUACAUGCUGCGAAGUGCAAGCUCCUUUUUACCAUAUAUGGUCCUUGCUCCUCAAGAAAAUCAAAGGGUGGUAGAUAUGGCGCAAGUACCACAACAUUUUCCCUCUCCUUGUUGCAACCCCUUCCAGGAGUAAGAUAGAAGAAGGAUACUGAACAAGAAGCAAGACUGCAUCUAGUAGGAUUAACCAUGGCGAGAGCAUCUAUCAGCACCAUGUUUAUGGCAGGGACAGGUAAAUCUUCUGUCUUAUCACAUCCAGGGACUGAUUGUGAUGAACUACCAGCAAAAGGAAACAAGGGUGUGUUAGGAGAUGCCAAGUGAAUUUUGGCAUUAGGAUGUGAACCUUGUCC